UUCACGAGACUGUGAACUUGAACUUGAGUCAUUCGCAUAAUUUUAGUCUAUUUAUGACAACAGACACCAAGCAGUGAAAGAUGUUCUCAAGAAGCUCACAGUUUGACAAGUAUUUAGAGAAAGCAACCAGUCAGCUGUUAUUGGAGCCAGACUGGGAUUCAGUGUUACAGAUAUGUGAUUCUAUAAGACAGGGGGAUGUAACACCAAAGAAUGCAGUAGUUGGUAUAAAGCGGAAGAUCACAGCAGACAAUCCUCACGUGGCUCUUUUUGCCCUGCAGGUAUUAGAGUCAUGUGUGAAGAACUGUGGAGGUGCAGUCCACCAGGAAAUUGCCACAAAAGAAAUGAUGGAAUUUAUGAAGGAUCAAGUUAAGGCAAGACAAGACCCUGUGAAAGCAAAAAUCCUUGAGCUGAUACAGGUAUGGUCUCAUGCGUUUCGUAAUGAGCCCACCUAUAAAGUUGUCCAGGACACAUUCCACCUGAUGAAGAUGGAAGGGUACACCUUCCCAACACUGAAGGAGGCAGAUGCCAUGUUUACUGCAGAAAAGGCCCCAGAGUGGAAAGAAGGUGACGUGUGUAACCGCUGUAGGACAAAGUUUGGUACAUUUAACAGACAGCACCACUGCAGGAAUUGUGGUGAAGUUUUUUGUUCCAAAUGUUCGUCUAAGAAUUCCAUCAUACCCAAGUUUGGAAUUGAGCGAGAGGUUCGUGUCUGUGAUUCCUGUUACGACACCAUCAACAAACCUGGUGCAAAGAACAGUGAAGGUGGGGAGGAUGAUCUGCCUGCUGAGUACCUGGCAAGUCCCCUGUCGAAACAGCCCCAGGUAGUUCCUCAACAGAAGACUGAACAAGAAAUACAGGAGGAGGAAGAAUUACAGCUGGCCAUAGCUCUGUCUCAAAGUGAACACGAGACCAAGGAAAAGGAGAGGUCACGCCUGAGGAAGAACUACGGUCUGUACAGUAGCAGUACUAAUGACAGACCAGCAUCACCAGCCUCCGAACCAAAGGUCCAAACAGUGACUGUGUCUGCCCCUAUGAUAGAUACAUCGGAUAUGGAUCCUGAACUUGCUCGCUAUUUAAAUCGUAAUUACUGGCAACAGAGAUCGGAUGACAGUAAAGGCCAAGCACCCACUACACAGCCUUCCGCCCCAGUGGUUGCUGCAGAGCCCAAAGUGGCUGGAGGGAAAAUUCUUGAGUCCUACCAGAAUGGUGAGUCUGAGGAUGACCAGGAACAGUUCCUACGAGCUCUUCAAAGCAGUUUGGAAAUCUUUGUCAACCGUAUGCGUAGCAAUUCCCAGCGUGGUCGUAGUAUUGCUAAUGACUCGUCCGUGCAGUCUCUGUUCUCUGUUAUAAGUAACAUGCAUCCUCAGCUGAUGAAGUACACACAGGAGCAGGAGGACCUCCGAGCCCACUACGAAUCUCUCCAGGACAAGUUGGCUCAGCUUCGUGAUGCCAGAGAAGCCCUAAAUGCUCUAAGGGAUGAACAUCGUGAGAAGAGACGGCGUGAGAUGGAGGAACUGGAGCGACAAAGACAGAUUCAAAUGGCACAAAAACUGGAAAUCAUGAGACAGAAAAAACAUGAGUAUCUUGAGAUGCAGCGACAGCUAGCUCUACAGCGACUUCAGGAGCAGGAGAGGGAAAUGCAGAUGAGAUUUGAGCAGCAGAAACAUCUCACUCAGAUGAGACAGUACCAGAAUUAUGGCUACCCCCAGGUUCCACAGCAAUAUGGCCACGUACCACAGAUGCCAGGAAUGAUGCCACCAGCACCUGGUAUGAUGCAACAGGGCAUGCCACCACCACAGCAAGGUAUGCCAUCUGUUCAGAUGCAGACAGGGAUACCCCCAGGAGCUAGCCAGGCAUUCAGUCCUGGAGGAUCACUAGAUGGCUCCCCAGUACACCAACUACACCAACAGCCACAGGGCUAUGCCCCUCAGGGAGGCAUGGUCCCUGCUGGUGCUUCAAACAUGGGUGUGGCCCCAGGAAGCAUGGCACAAGGACCUAUGGUGGCAGGGGGUAUCAGUGGGGCACCAACUCAGAUGGUCUCUAGUCAACAGAUGUACACCCAGCCUGGUUCACAGCCAGGAUACAGCCAGGCAGGUGCCCCCUAUCAAGCCAUGGCCUCAACUAUACCAACAGCCAGUCUAUCUGGAGCCUACCAGGAUCCCAGUAUGGCUGGACAGAACUACCAACAGCCACUCCAGUACAAUCCCACCUCUUCUCCCCCAAACAGUCUACCUUCACAGGGGGGCAUGGUGAUGAACCCUGGAUACAGUGCACCCCCUGCCCAAAAUAUGGAGUACCAAGCUUUCAACAUGCAAGGAAUGGCAAGUGCACUACCUUCGCAGACCCAACAGCAGAUGUACAACUCGCCCCAGCAACCACAGUACGUGGGUGGGGCCCCAGCUCACCACCCCCAGGGCCAGUACCAGCAGGGGGUGCCUCCUCCACAAAUGGCCCAAGCUGCCCCCUCACAAGCACCUCCACCAAUGCAACAGGCAGAGGGAGAACUGAUAUCUUUUGAUUGAGAUUAAUAUUAGAAUGAAUGCUUUCCUGCUGCUUUAUAAGUGGCAAGACAUUUCAUCACCUGUGGACCAGUAACUUGUGUUCUACUUUCAUUUUCCAUUGAUGCUGCACAGACAGUAGGAGUGUGUUCAACUGUUUUAUUGUAAAUGUAUAUGUAAAGAUUUCAGCAAUUUAUUUAUUUAUUAAAGAUCAGCAAUCAAUUUAAUGUGAAGCUUAGUUCAUAAUCCUUUGAAAUGUUUUGUAAGGAAAUUACUGUGAUAUAUAAAUUAUAUCUUUGGCAAAGAUUGGAAACCUAUUAAUUGUUUUGCUGUUUGCAUUAGUUGUACAUGUAUGAAUCAAUGUUAAUGAUAUGUAGUUACAUUAAUUUGAUAAUUAGGGCCCCAUUUCGGAGAUACGGGUGCCCUAUAGUAAUCACUCUGUCUGUCUGUCUGUC